GAGAGAUCUCCGGUACACGCACGUCUACGUCCGUUUUAAUUGUCACUUUUGUUAUGAAAGCAUUAAAAAAAAAAAUCUGUACACAUCUCACAAAACUCAGCUUUAACACGUCCAUACCUGAAACAAACGGAGCAUCGUGAAUCACCCGCCACUCACCUGUAAACAUCGGAAUGACAGCUCGGUUUGUGUGAGAACAGGAAGAUGGCCGACGGUUACUAAAUGGACAACUGUUAAUCUGGUGGAUGUAACUAUGACGUUAUCUUGGGCGAUAUGUCUUUGUUUGAGUUGCCUACCGCACGUGCUCUGUUUUGUCCCGUGUAAUAACGCGUCACUGCCCGGAUAUUGUUACGAAGGAUGGCACUGCUGUGAUAACGGCUGGUGCUGCUCAGACGAUUUCAUGUGCGGAGACAACAGGUGUAUCUACCUCAAGGGUCUGUAUGUACCUGUUGGUAUUGUUGUGGUGUCCCUCUGUGGCGGACUAUUCAUCUGCCUGCAUCAGAUGCGUAAAAAGAAAAAGUUCGGGCUGACUGAGAGAUUACAUAACGAAUCAAAACAAAAAAAUGCAGGACCCUGAA